AUGAACAAGAACGACAGCUUCAUCAUCGUCGGCGCUGGUGCCUUCGGGCUCUCCACUGCCCUAAGGCUCGCUCAAGAUGGAUAUACAUCUGUCACUGUCCUAGAUAGAUGCAUGCCCCCAGUUCCAGAUGGGAGCAGUAAUGACAUCUCGCGCGUCAUUCGAUUCGACUACGGCGAUCCGGUCUACGCUCAAAUCGCCAAAGAGGCGUACGACCAGUGGAAGACACCCCAGUACUCCGAGGCGUUUCACCAGACGCCUUGCCUCUGGGUGUCGCAAGAAGGAACCUUGGAGCAACCUGUGCAGCCCCGUGCGGCGGAGUAUAGUCGCAAGACGCGGCAGGUAUUGACGGAAAUGGGGCACGAGUGGCAUGCCGUUUCCAGUGUCGACGAGGCGAAGAGACGGUUCCCUGCUUUGAGUGGGAAGUUGGCAACGCCUGGCUUUGACGGGUUUUACAAUACUAAUGCCGGAUGGGCGGACGCGGGACUAGCUGUCCAAAGACUCGCCAGUCGCUGCGUGGCAGCGGGAGUCAGCUUUAUUACCGGUCCGAAUGGCCAUGUCGUCGAGCUUGAGUAUGGACGGGAUGGAGUAGUUGACGCCGUUCGGACUAUCAACGGCAGCCGCAUCACCGGCGACAGAUUCAUUGUUGCCACCGGCGCCUGGACGGCGAGUCUCAUCCCGUCUUGGAACUCGAUGAUGGCUACUGGGCAGAUUGUUGGAUGGCUCCGUCUGACACCCGAGGAGAUGAUUCGGCUUAAGGACCUCCCCAUCUACUUCAACUUCUCCACGGGCUUCUUCUGUUUUCCCGUCCAUCAAGCCACAGGAUACCUGAAAGUCGCAGUCCACGGGUUCGGGUAUACGUCGCCACAUCCCAAAGCUGUAUCGGUACCCCCAAGCUCGGCUGUUUCUGCAAGAGCCAACUUCAUCCCCGCAGAUGGUAUGAAACGACUGUUAGCCGGGCUGAGGGAUAUCUUGCCCGAACUUGCGGAACGGGGAUUCGAAAAAGUGGGUCUGUGUUGGUACAAUGACACCCCUACCGGGGACUUCAUUUUCGAUUAUCACCCUGAGCACAAGAACUUGUUCAUUGCCACAGGCGGCAGCGGACAUGCUUUCAAAUUCCUCCCUGUCCUUGGGAAGUACAUUGUCGGUAGUAUCGAGCGGAAGCUUCCGGGCGAACUGCUGGAGAAGUGGAAAUUCCCAUCACAGUUCCGUGAACGGUUCCGAAAUGACGCAUUUCAAGGCGAUGGCAGCCGUGGAGGGCCCGAGAGACGAGAGAUGACACCCCAGGAGCGCGAGAUGUACACUGCUGCAAUGACUGCAUCAGUCCGAAAAUGUAAAAUCUAG